AUGGCGUUGUCGAUGCCGCUGAACGGGCUGAAGGAGGAAGACAAAGAGCCUAUCAUCGAGCUCUUCGUCAAGGCUGGCAGUGAUGGUGAAAGCAUAGGAAACUGCCCUUUUUCCCAGAGGCUCUUCAUGAUUCUUUGGCUCAAAGGAGUUGUGUUUAGUGUCACAACUGUUGACCUGAAAAGGAAGCCUGCAGACUUGCAGAACUUGGCUCCAGGGACCCACCCACCAUUUAUAACUUUCAACAAUGAAGUCAAAACGGAUGUAAAUAAGAUUGAGGAAUUUCUUGAAGAAAUCUUAUGCCCUCCUAAGUACUUAAAGCUUUCACCAAAACACCCAGAAUCAAACACUGCUGGUAUGGACAUUUUUGCCAAAUUCUCUGCAUAUAUCAAGAAUUCAAGACCAGAGGCGAAUGAAGCAUUGGAGAGAGGUCUCUUGAAAACACUGCAGAAACUGGAUGAAUAUCUGAAUUCUCCCCUCCCUGAUGAAAUUGAUGAGAAUAGUAUGGAGGACAUUAAGUUUUCUACACGUAAAUUUCUGGAUGGCAAUGAAAUGACAUUAGCCGAUUGCAACCUGCUGCCCAAACUGCACAUUGUCAAGGUGGUGACCAAAAAAUAUCGCAACUUUGAUAUCCCGAAAGAAAUGACUGGCAUCUGGAGAUACUUAACUAAUGCUAACAGUAGGGAUGAGUUCACCAAUACCUGCCCUAGUGACAAGGAGGUUGAGAUAGCGUAUAGUGACGUAGCCAAAAGACUUACCAAGUAGAGUGGCAUUUAUGAGAG